GCUGAAUAUCGGCUUGAUACAUGAACUUGGUGCUUGUCGCCAUCAACCUACGGUUUAUACCACUCACCCUUCCGACAGGGACAGUAGAGACACUGUAAAGGUCUCGUAACCGCCAAGAUGGUGAACAUUACGGAAAAGAUCAAGGAGAUUGAGGAUGAGAUGAGGAAGACUCAAAGUUUGUACAUACCACAAUAUCACUUGGGUCUCUUGAAGGGUAAACUCGCCCGUCUCCGCGCACAACUCCUCGAACCCGGCCCGGGCGCCGGCGGUGGUGGUGGCUCCGGUUUCGACGUCAGCAAGUCCGGCGACGCCAGAAUAGCCCUCGUCGGCUUCCCCUCCGUCGGUAAAUCGACCUUCCUCUCCAAAGUCACUAAGACCAAAUCCGAAGUGGCCUCCUAUGCCUUCACAACCCUCACCGCCAUCCCCGGCGUCCUCGAGUACGGCGGUGCCGAGAUCCAACUCCUCGAUCUACCCGGUAUCAUCGAAGGUGCCUCCGAAGGCAAAGGCCGCGGCCGCCAAGUCAUCUCCGCCGCCAAAACCAGUGAUCUCAUCCUCAUGGUCCUCGACGCCACCAAGAGAGCCGAACAGCGCGCCCUUCUCGAAGCAGAGCUGGAAGCCGUAGGCAUCAGACUCAACCGUGAACCUCCUAACAUCUACCUCAAACCCAAAAAAGCCGGCGGCAUGAAAAUCACCUUCCAAUCCCCCCCCAAAGGAAUCGACGAAAAAAUGAUCAUGAACAUCCUCCGCGACUACAAGAUCCUCAACUGCGAAGUCCUCAUCCGAGACGAGAACUGUACCGUCGACGACCUCAUCGACGUCAUCAUGGCCAACCACCGCAAGUACAUCAAGUGCCUCUACGUCUACAACAAGAUCGACUCCGUCUCCCUCGACUUCCUCGACAAGCUCGCCCGGGAGCCCCACACGGUUGUCAUGUCUUGCGAGCUGGACCUCGGCAUCCAGGAUGUGAUUGACCGGUGCUGGAAGGAGCUGAACCUGGUCAGGAUUUACACCAAGAGGAAGGGGAACGACCCCGACUUUAGCGAGGCGUUGAUUGUGAGGAGUAAUAGCACCAUCGAGGAUGUGUGUGACAGGAUUCAUAGGACGCUGAAGGAUACGUUCAAGUAUGCGCUCGUUUGGGGCGCCAGCGCGAGGCAUAUACCGCAGAGGGUGGGGUUGAGUCAUCCGGUUUGCGAUGAGGAUGUGGUAUAUAUUGUCAGUGGGUGGAAGGCUUAG